CGUUUUUCACGGACAUGUCACCCUUUCGGACACGCUGAGCCGGAUCGACUCGUUCAAAAUUUGUGGAUUUACUUAAUAUUCCUUUAUCAAUUCAUUUUCACAUGGAGAUAUUUGUAUUGUGAAACCGAGUGUAACAGUCGUUUUGUGGCGCAAACGUAUAUGGAUAGAACAAUGGCACGGCAAGUACUGCUUUUCAUCGCAAUCUUCUCUCUUGGAUCAGUUUUCGGUCAAGUCAGCUACUCUAUUCCGGAGGAAAUGGCAAAGGGCUCUGUAGUGGGCAACAUAGCACGGGAUUUAGGAUUGGAUGUGAAAAGAUUAAAAUCAGGUAAAGCCCGUAUAUUUACGGGCGACAGUGCAGAAUACAUUGAGCUGAAUAGAGAAAGGGGAGUCCUCCUCGUUAAAGAGAGAAUCGACAGAGAGUCGCUCUGCAGACAGACGACGCCUUGUGCUUUACAUUUGCAGAUUAUUCUAGAAAAUCCAAUGGAGCUUUUUCGAAUAACAGUAGAGAUUACCGACAUCAACGACAACCGUCCCAGUUUUAAAAAUGACGAGAAACGUUUUGAAAUUAGCGAAUCCGCAGUUACAGGAUCUAAAUUUGUGUUAGAAAGGGCAGUUGAUGCAGACAUUGGCGUAAAUGGCCUGAAAAAUUACAGCUUGAAAUCUACAGAUAAUUUCAUGCUGAAAAUACAAACUCAUGCAGAUGUAAUUAAAAAGGUCGAAAUGGUCUUGCACAAGCCGUUAGAUCGAGAGAAAGAGGAACAAAUAUCGUUGUUGUUAACAGCUGUAGAUGGAGGAGAUCCUCAGAUGUCUGGUACAGUAAAGAUUUAUGUGACCGUGCUCGAUGCAAACGACAAUGCUCCUGUUUUUAUGCAGUCGGUUUACAAGGCAGCCAUCGCCGAAAAUUCUCAGAAAGGAACAACUGUGACAACAGUGAGUGCUUCGGAUGCAGAUAAAGGGACAAACGGGGAAGUUUCUUAUUCAGUGUCGACCACCAUGGAUAGUGUGUCUGAUAUAUUUAGAAUAAAUGAAAACGGUGAAGUAAUUUUAGUUGGUGAAGUUGACUUUGAAAAAGCCAAGUAUUAUCAAAUUGAUAUCGAAGCUCAAGACAGCGGUGGUCUUUCUGAUUCCAGUAAAAUUAUUGUUGAUGUUAUUGAUAUUAAUGAUAAUAAGCCUGUAAUCAGUAUACUUUCCAAAUCUGACUCAAUCCCGGAAGACUCUUCCCAAAAUACAGUUAUAGUUAUGUUUAGUGUUCUUGACCCAGAUUCAAGUAACAAUGGUCAAGUGAACUGCAGAAUAAAUGGCAACAUACCAUUUACUAUUACCACUUCUUCUAAUGAUUUCUAUAGUUUAGUGACAGACAGUGAUUUAGACAGAGAGAGAGCCUCUGAGUAUAAUAUAACUAUGACCUGCUCUGAUGAGGGAGUGCCCUCCCUCUCCAGCAGCGUCACUCUCACCUUACAGAUCUCUGAUGUGAAUGAUAACGCGCCUGUCUUUGAGAGGAGCUCAUAUGAGGCCUACAUUGUAGAAAACAACACACCAGGCCUCUCUAUAUUCACAGUGAAAGCCAGAGACGCUGACUGGAACCAGAAUGCCCGUGUUUCUUACAUACUGGAGGACUCCUCUGUUAACGGAGUGCCAGUCUCCUCAUAUGUGUCCGUUAGUGCUGAUAGUGGAGUCAUCCAUGCAGUGCGCUCUUUUGACUACGAGCAGAUCAAAGACUUCCACUUCCGCGUCAAAGCGCAGGAUGGAGGCUCUCCUCCACUCAGUAGCAAUGUGACUGUGAAAAUACUGAUCCAGGACCAGAACGACAACCCUCCUCAAGUUCUGUACCCAGUCCAGACUGGUGGCUCUCUGGUGGCUGAAAUGGUGCCUCGUUCAGCAGAUGUGGGCUAUCUGGUCACUAAAGUGGUGGCUGUUGAUGUGGACUCUGGACAGAAUGCCUGGCUCUCCUAUAAACUGCAGAAAGCCACAGACAGGGCGCUGUUUGAAGUGGGCUUACAGAAUGGAGAAAUAAGAACUAUCCGCCAAGUCACUGAUAAAGAUGCUGUGAAACAAAGACUGACUGUUAUAGUGGAGGACAACGGGCAGCCCUCUCGUUCAGCUACAGUCAUUGUUAACGUGGCGGUGGCGGACAGCUUCCCUGAAGUGCUGUCUGAGUUCACUGACUUUACACACGACAAGGAGUACAAUGACAACCUGACUUUUUACUUAGUGUUGGCUUUGGCUGUAGUUUCCUUCCUCUUCAUCACGUGUUUAGUGGUUAUUAUAUCAGUGAAAAUCUACAGAUGGAGACAGUCUCGCAUUCUGUAUCACUCCAAUCUCCCUGUGAUUCCGUAUUAUCCACCACGUUACUCAGACACUUUGGGAACAGGGACUCUCCAACACGUGUACAAUUACGAGGUGUGCAGGACGACUGACUCCAGAAAGAGUGACUGUAAGUUCGGCAGAGCUGGUAGUCAGAACGUGCUGAUAAUGGACCCCAGUUCUACAGGGACGAUGCAGCGGAUACAGAGUGAAAAGAGCAUCCUGGAUGAACCAGACUCUCCUCUUGAGAUCUCUGAUGUGAAUGAUAACGCGCCUGUCUUUGAGAGGAGCUCAUAUGAGGCCUACAUUGUAGAAAACAACACACCAGGUCUCUCUAUAUUCACAGUGAAAGCCAGAGACGCUGACUGGAACCAGAAUGCCCGUGUUUCUUACAUACUGGAGGACUCCUCUGUUAACGGAGUGCCAGUCUCCUCAUAUGUGUCCGUUAGUGCUGAUAGUGGAGUCAUCCAUGCAAUGCGCUCUUUUGACUACGAGCAGAUCAAAGACUUCCACUUCCGCGUCAAAGCGCAGGAUGGAGGCUCUCCUCCACUCAGUAGCAAUGUGACUGUAAAAUUACUGAUCCAGGACCAGAACGACAACCCUCCUCAGGUUCUGUACCCAGUCCAGACUAGUGGCUCUCUGGUGGCUGAAAUGGUGCCUCGUUCAGCAGAUGUGGGCUGUCUGGUCACUAAAGUGGUGGCUGUUGAUGUGGACUCUGGACAGAAUGCCUGGCUCUCCUAUAAACUGCAGAAAGCCACAGACAGGGCGCUGUUUGAAGUGGGCUUACAGAAUGGAGAAAUAAGAACUAUCCGCCAAGUCACUGAUAAAGAUGCUGUGAAACAAAGACUGACUGUUAUAGUGGAGGACAACGGGCAGCCCUCUCGUUCAGCUACAGUCAUUGUUAACGUGGCGGUGGCGGACAGCUUCCCUGAAGUGCUGUCUGAGUUCACUGACUUUACACACGACAAGGAGUACAAUGACAACCUGACUUUUUACUUAGUGUUGGCUUUGGCUGUAGUUUCCUUCCUCUUCAUCACGUGUUUAGUGGUUAUUAUAUCAGUGAAAAUCUACAGAUGGAGACAGUCUCGCAUCCUGUAUCACUCCAAUCUCCCUGUGAUUCCAUAUUAUCCACCACGUUACUCAGACACUUUGGGAACAGGAACUCUCCAACACGUGUACAAUUACGAAGUGUGCAGGACGACUGACUCCAGAAAGAGUGACUGUAAGUUCGGCAGAGCUGGUAGUCAGAACGUGCUGAUAAUGGACCCCAGUUCUACAGGGACGAUGCAGCGGAUACAGAGUGAAAAGAGCAUCCUGGAUGAACCAGACUCUCCUCUAGAGGUCAGUUCAAUAAUGUAG